UCCUCUUUGCCAGUGAAGACUUCAGGAACAUUGGGAGAAGAGAACCUGCUUCCACCAGAGGAGCCCUGAACGCAGCAGUAAGACCAGCCUGUUCCUCUUGGCUCGAGUGUUCAGCUAGCCUCAGUGGAGACAGAGAAUAAGAAGACAGACGUGGCAAGAGGGAGAGUGGGAGAAGGUGAGACACGAUGCGGACCCUCAUCAUCCUUGCAUUCCUGGCUGUCCUGGUGAUGGCAGCUUUCUGCUACGAAUCCCACGAGAGUAUUGAAUCACAUGAAUAUCAAAGUCCCUUCAUUAACAGAAGACAUGCCAACAUCUUCAUAAGAACUCCAUCAAGGUGGAAUUCUGUUAUGCAUGAAAGGACCCGCGAGCGCAACAGAACUCCCCAGGAACGCCAGCGGGAGAUCUGUGAGGACUACAACCCCUGUGAGCGUUACGCUCUGGUCCAUGGCUAUCCUGCUGCCUACAAGCGUUUCUUUGGGCCGAGAAGGGGCAAGUGAAGCACCAGGAGUCACCAUUCCCAGUGCCUGGUGCCUGGGUUCUGUAUCUAUCAAGAGUGACAUCUCUGAAAUGUAUUAAGUUGCUUGUUCACUGUAUGUUAUUCCACCUGCAGCUUCCUCCUUCUUUAGCCAACUAUUCCUAGAUUCUCUGUUGAUUAGCACAAUGUUGAUGUAGUGGUGGUGGGCAGAGAAGGAUGUGGGUGUUUAUUAUGAAAUAAACGGCUGGUUUGUUA